UGGAAGGACGGACGAUGCGAUUUCUAAGAGGAGAGCAUCGCGUGUAUGAUAUUUGUAUAUGAGAAGAGAUACCCUUAGCGCGAUUUCGCAACAUAUGAGGUGGUAUACGGCAUUGGGCGGCGUUAGGAUACCAUCUCAGCUUCGGCAGGGUGGCCUCCAAUCAAGAGUGUACUAUAUGGCCAUACUCAGCACGUCUUUACAUGAGCAAUUGCCGCGCAUUCCUUGGGCUUCAUAUGCCACAGGACCAGGAUUUGACGAUCUUUCUGACUUCUGAGGGCCGACAAGAUUGCUCCAGCGUCUUCUCGCUACCACUGACGACUGACAAAGCUAACCCAACCACUUCCACGCCCUCACGUAUAUCACCCGUGAUGCCAUCCCCGAACCUCGACCCGCGCCUCCCCUUUUACCAAAUCUACCACAAUGGCCCCCUCGGACAUCCUCCCUUUCUCCUCCUCCGACGAACACACCAACAUCACCACCGCCCCAGACAUCACCACCCUGUCCAACCUAAAUCGCGACUCCGCCAUCGCCCUCGCACCCUGCUCCUCCUCCUCAUCCUCCUCGCUGUCACCUGGUUCGCCACCUCCCGUAUCUGCGCGCACCAAGCCGCUCUCCCCGACGCAGAAGCGCAUCGCCGCUCCGUAGCCGUAGCAAGUGACCAUCGUCGUUCUCGGAGCACUACAGUUGGGGGCCUGCCCGUGAACGGGAUCACGGGUCACCGCGUCUUCAAAGUCGAGAGGAACGUCUCGAGGGAGGAGUGUGCAGGCAGGGAGAGCGUGUCAACGCUGCCGAGAUACGAGGAGAGAUAUAGUGUGGUUGCGUUGAGUGAAAGGGAGAGACAACACGGGUGGUGAGGGAAUGCGGCUGCGCAUGGGACGACGACAAGGACACACGCGGAGCUACCGCCGCUGUCACCGAAUCCGAUACUGGAGAGCCUGACAUGCCCUGCUCCGGUGACCGCUCCCAUUUCUGGUGGUUUCCGUAAUCACAUUUGUAACGAUGUAAGGGGACGAUGGAGUGCGAGGCAGGAGUGUUGAUGAAGGUCCUUCGUCUCGUCAUGACAGAGUCCAGAGGCGACUAGUGGGGAUGCGCUUUGCUAAAAGAGGUCCAGGUUGAGAAGAUCGAGUGGGCAAUAAAUUAUCUUUUGUCACGACAUCUAACGUCAAUAUCGCGGU